AUGAUCUUCCUUGAACAGUUAUUCUUCAAAGUCUUUGGGGUUUUGGGCUUGUUCGCUCCCAUAGCUCAAGCAUUUGCAUCGUUCUACGAAGCACGAGAUUCUACCAUUCAAGAUGAAUAUAUCGUACUCCUUCAUCCAGAUUACACUCUCAGCCAGCAUUACAACUUCAUAGGAGUGAAUAUGUCACAACAAUCGUCUAUGUUUCAUUACUUGGACACCAUAAAUGCAUAUGGGGUGCGCGCGAGCCCUGAACUUGUCCAUGAACUAAUCCGUCACGAUAAUGGCGUUCUCUAUAUCCAGCAGAACUUUCAUCUGAAUGCAUCUCUAGGAAUUGAUGGAGGCAGUCCCAUCACGACGAAUUUCCCAGGCAAAGGAAAGUCACGGAGGUGGACACAGGAGAAUUGGAUUGGUCGAUUCUGGAACUUCAUGCUCACAGCGGGAAAGAAGCUCGACACCAUUCCUCCUGAAUUUGAGACAGAGUAUCCUCUCUUAAAGUAUGCCGGCCUAGGAGUCGUCGUUUAUGUACUCGAUACUGGUAUAAGACUUUCACAUGUAAUGUUGGAGGGGCGAGCUACAAACUUCCAAAACUUUGAAAAUUCUCCAUACUGCAACGAGCCAAUGGCAGACCUCGUUGGUCACGGAACUCAUGUAGCAGGUAUCGUCGUCAAUACUGCGCCUUGGGCAUACACUGUCAAUGUCAAAGUCCUAGGAGAGGGACAAAGUCCGCUGGGGCUCAUACGUGCUAUAGUGGAUGUGACCAAAGAACACCAAUUUUACCAGAAUAAUCCUGGCUCAAGACCAGUUCCUUGGAGUGGUUCAGUGAUAAAUCUGUCCUUGGGCUUUCUAACGACGAAUCCUAUCCCUGCACUCCAACUUGCUGUGACAAGAGCGUUCCAGGCUGGAAUUCCUAUUGCGGCUUCUGCGGGGAAUUUUAAAAAUACUGGUCAACAGGCAGUCUACCCGCCCUGCAUAUAUCAGGGCUCUGUACUAUGUGUUGCUUCAUGUGAUAGAAAUUACCAGAAGUCGGGGUUCUCAAAUUUCGGUGGAAAUGUAAGCAUUAUUGCUCCCGGAACUAAUAUUGACUCUGCAUGGUUCAAUGAUGACCACAGAGUACGCACCGUUUCUGGAACCAGCCAAGCAACUCCAUUUCUUGCCGGGGUCAUGGCAACAUUCAUUGGUUAUGAGAAGAUAUCGAACAAUCCAGCAAAAGUGUAUCAGCGUGUACGACAAAAUCAGCUCUACGGCAUUGUGAGUGGAUUCAGUGCUGAUACACCCAACUUAUUUCUCAAUACCGGCAUAAAUGAUCCUAAUAAAGACCCAGCUGUUCCUUAUCACGGAGCACCUGGCAGAGAUUUGACGUCUUCUAACGAUACAAAUACCAGUGCAGAUGGACCUGUGACUUAUGAGACUGUCAGCUCGGCGCUAUACAGCUACAGUAUUAGCUCUAUUCCUUCUGGGAGUGUGGUAGGCUAUGAAGGAGAGAUUACCAUAGGCACGGAUUCCGGAACAGCAACACUUAUGCCUUUCUCAUCCUUUUCAGUUAUCUCAAAUUCUACCUCGCUGCCUGCUCUACCAUCCUCAACAUUCUCAACACAGUCAACGACGUCCCUGUACACACAGCCAUCUUCUUCAACACAAUCAACAGUGUUAGCACCACCACCACCAUCUUCUACUCCAGCAACGACACCAACCGCGACUUCUGUCAGCCCUGAAACAAACACGCCAUACAUCCCACCAACAACUCCAUCCUGCGUCCCUCGGCCAACAGGGUCCUACCACGACUCCCACGAAACUGACCUCACCCUAGCAGUCAACUACUUCUGCGCCAACAACAAUGACGCCCCCAUGCAAGAAGCCAUCAUCGCUGGUCCAGUCACAGAAGGCAAAUCUAUCGUCGUCGUCGCAAGACCUUAUACAGGCACAACUCCCGAGGAUGAUGUCUACAUGAUCAAAAUCAUCCCUUUGCCAUAUUGUACGCCGCCGAGUGGUUCGGAUAUUAAUACUCCGGUUGCUGGGAGUACGUGUAGCUCACUCUUGUAUGAUGCGUGGAAGAACUGUAACAACGAUGGGCGUGGUGGGUCGAUUAUAGCUAGUUGCUGGACGUACAGUGUGGCUACGAAAUGGUGA